AUGCGCUCCAAGACUGUUAACGCACAGGAGGAAGCGGCCAAAAAUCGUGCAUCGUCUGCAGUAGCUGACGUUGUUGUCUCUUGUGUGCCAAACACAACAGGUGCCGAAUCUCCUGCUACGCCUAUGGAGGUGGCAAUGGCUACACAUUCAGCCACUAGUGUUGAUAUAUGUGGCCUAGAAGAACUGGAACAAAAGCCUCGGAAUUUACAGGAACAGCUGCAGAAAAACGAACGUAUGACGUCAUCCGAGGUAACGCACGUGCAGAAUGAACAGAGGAGGGAACGACACUGGCGACGCAUGGUGCAUAGUGAGUUGAGAGAUCGACUAGUGGCUGCAAUGAUGGAGCAGUUGUUACGGAUAACAGGAGAUCCGGAUAACCGACACUUGAGGAUGUGCGCGUCGCGGUACGAGUCAUUUGUGUGGAAGAAAAGUGCCAAUCAAGUGCAAUACAAACAGAAGCUGGAGCAUCGCAUUGAAUCGCUGCGUCGUCAGCCGUCACAUGGCGAGAAUGGAGCUGUGGAAGUUACGGUUCGACUGGUUGAAGGUCAUCGACUUAAUUUGAUUCGAUCGCCAAAUUUGUUGUUACAGCGACAACCAGCGGCUACUGCAUCGGUACCAUUGUUGGUACCAUGUCCCUAUAGCGGACGCCAAAUCCAGCAAGUCGAUGCAGGCUGUCCGCUUACAGAGGCCCCGCAACAACAAAGUAGUCGCUCAAGUACUCACAGGUCUAGUAGCUCAAGUAGCAUCAAACGAACAGGGAAGCGGAAAAUACGCGAGUCGUUGGCGUUCUCAGUGACUGACGCUUCAUUUGCCCAACGUGAUGAGAUGUACUUUGCUAAGCUUCGAGUGAUGAAGAACCAAUACCGCGAUGAAGUCGCAUUGGUGUUCCGCGAGCUCUGUCGUGUGAAUACGGUGAUCCAACAUUCAGCCAAUCUGCGACGUCAUGAGUCCAACAACCUCGGUGACUUCCUUGCCAAUCUCAAAAAGAUAAUUUAUUUGCUGGAGCAGCAGCCUGGUGAGCCCUGUGGCAUGAUUCCAGUCCGAAAGCGCGCUGUCGAGUACUUGGACGUGGUGGAAUCUCACAUCCAGCGGAAGGUGUUGCCAAUUCUCUACCGCCUGCGCCACACGUAUUCGACAAUCCUGCGCCCCAUCGUGCUCAACUAUAUGAAGAAUAACUUACGCUUCAAUCGACGAUUCUAG